GAUAUUAUGCAGCUGCUGCCAUGUGAAGAGCGUCUGAGGACUGUGGCGUCACAUCCUGUGUGCAAGCGUCGUCUGUGCAGAUCACCAUUCAUUGCGCUCUUCACGUAAACACUGAUGCUCGCUCGGCGUCCGUCAUUUAGCAACGAGCGAAAGCGGAACGCUAGCGUUCGCGUUAUUAUUACACCAAGGGACCACAGCGAAGCCGCCGCUUUAUUGAAGCAUGUAGCGAGGACGCGUCUGUGACGUCGCCGCUGCACAUCGCAUUACGCCACGUGCUGGUAAAUCCGUCGCGUUUCGUCGCGCGCCGAUUGGAUUGCGAUCUGUUCGCUAAUAAAGCGGGACGCGGUCGUGGAAUGAGGCCAUUGCGCGACAUAUCUCCGCGCAGCAGCUGGUGUGAUGGACGCUCAGCGCAGUGAAGGAUGAAAAACCGCGAAUAUCAACAAAUAGAUCCGCAGGCGCUCGCGACGCCUCCGCCGCGACCUCUGCCCGAGCACAUGCCCAAACGAGUCCGGAGAAAAUGGGAGGUGUUUCCCGGGAAAAACCGCUUCUGCUGUGACGGACGCAUGAUCGUGGCGCGUCAGAGCGGCGUGCUGCCGCUCACACUGGGACUCAUCCUGCUCACCAGCGGACUCUUCUUCAUAUUCGACUGCCCGUUCCUGGUGAAGCACCUCACCAGCUGCAUCCCGGCCAUCGGAGGGGUCCUGUUUGUGUUUGUGAUCAUCUCUCUCCUCCAGACCAGCUUCACGGAUCCGGGGAUUCUGCCCCGGGCCACACCAGAGGAGGCCGCAGACAUCGAGAAGCAGAUCGACAACCCGACGGGCUCGUCCUCAUCCUACCGCCCCCCGCCGCGCACGAAGGAGGUCGUCAUCAAUCAGCAGGUGGUUAAACUCAAGUAUUGCUUCACCUGCAAGAUCUUCCGGCCGCCGCGCACCUCCCACUGCAGCCUGUGUGACAACUGUGUGGAGCGCUUCGAUCAUCACUGCCCCUGGGUCGGCAACUGUGUGGGAAAACGAAACUAUCGCUUCUUCUACACCUUCAUCGUCUCGCUGUCUUUCCUCACGGCCUUCAUCUUCGGCUGUGUAACCACACACCUGGCUCUGAGGUCACAAGGAGGAAAUGGGUUGGUUUUCGCUCUCCAAGCGAGUCCUGCCAGUGCUCUUGAGUUAGUGGUUUGCUUCUUUUCAGUUUGGUCCAUUUUGGGCCUCUCAGGCUUCCAUACAUACCUGGUAGCUGCAAAUCUUACUACCAAUGAGGAUAUUAAAGGCUCCUGGUCAGGGAAAAGUGGAAAUGAGGACAUUGGAAAUCCUUACAGUUACAACAGCAUUAUCAAAAACUGCUGUUCUGUGCUCUGUGGACCCAUGCCACCCAGUUUGAUUGACAGGCGAGGCUUUGUGCCCUCUGAUGACUCCGUCCAGACCAGUCCUGUGGAAAUCGAACUCCCGGCUGCUAAAAACGACAGAAACAUGUGCACACAGGGAACCAAAGUUCUGCUGGAAACGGCCUCUCGAUCUCCUCUCCUCACAAGCUCCUGUCCGCAGGCCAAACCUCAAACUGUGCCGGCCGUCUUGGAGACACUUCCAGAGAUCGUCCCGUCACCUGCCCCCGAGCCGCCCAAGACCUCUGGAGGACGCCAGUCGACCAACACCCCUCACAAACAUCACUCCCACCACAGAUCCAAGGCAAAACAAACCACUCAUCACACCCACAAGACCUCCAACUCCUCUCCAAGACCUUAUCACAGCCACAGUUCAAGACGGAAAGACUCCAAGAACAGAGACCCAAAAUUCAGUUCUCUGCGCUGAGCAAUCGGACCUGCAACGUCCUGUGAUGGUGCAUGUUAAUGCAUUUCUUGGAUUAUUUGAAUUUGUCCUCAUGAGAUUGAUUGAUUGAUUCAUCUAGUUUUGGUUGUGACUUCAAACAAUCAGGUAUGAUAUUCCCAGAAAGAUCUCCAGGUUUACGAAACUGGCGGCUGUAUUAUUCUUCUGUAGAUGAAUACCAUCAACCCUGCAACCUGGAGAGCAAAUAUGAAGUAUGGACUUCCGUUAACAGAUUGAUGACUGGAAAAUAUAUAUAUUUAUUCGAUAUAAACAAGCACAAAGGUCUCAAGAGUGAACUGCAGAGCAAUUGCCUUUAAGACAAUUGCCAAUCUUAACAGUGAGUUCCAAAAUGAGCUUCAUCAGAACAGCAAUAAUGGAACAAGAACACUGUCGUCCUCAAUGUGGACAUGAACUCUGGGAUCCAUUUCUUUGGCCUCUUUUAGGUCUCAUUGGGGAUGCAUUGGUCAAGCUUCAAUAAGCAAAGAACCAAUCGUCUUUAUGCAAAAAAUAAGAGCAUGCCUGGAGAAUAUAGCUCACAAUCAUUCUUCAUCCGUCAUAGGGCUGCACGAUGAGUUGUAUUAUAACCAUGAUCAUGGUUUCUGUCCCUCUCGAAUUUUUGAUAAUUGCCCCUCUUCGAAAAAGUUUGCGAUAUUUGCCCACUGGUAAUUUGUCCUGAAAACGUUUCAGUUUAAGUUGUCAUUUGCGUUAUCGUACAUUGGUAUCAAGACUCCACUAGCAUUCAUUGUUGCGGUUGCCAGAUGUCAAGAGUUUAAAUCCCCCCCAAUCAUAGCUCUUUUCAUGAAUUGAUACAUUUUCUGACCAGUGGUUUGCUUAAUCAGUGUUGCCAACUUAGCGACUUUGUCACUAGAUUUAUCAACUUUUCAGACCUUAUUAGCGAUUAGCUUUUUUUUUUUUUUUUAA